UUAAUUUGCCAUAUUGUUGAAAGCUUAAAAGUUCUAAAGAGGUUUUAUUAGAAACGUAUCCUCUAAUUGGCUUAUUACAAUAUAUAGACCCAAUGAAAUGAAAAUAUUUAUUAAUUGCAGAGUAAUUUAGGAGAAUGUUUUCAGAUAAUGUCAAUAAUUCAUGCUGAUUUUUCUCUACUGCGCCCAUUCACCUUGGUAGCUGUACAGAACAUAUUUAUGUUAUCAAUUUUCUGUAUUCAAACGUUGAAGAAAAUUUCAAAGAAUAGUCGACAAGAGAGUGGAACCGAUAGAAUAGGCUUCACUUAACUGGUUUUUUUAAUAAAAUCGAAACAGGGUAAAUUAUUCGGUUGACCUGAGAUCUCGAUACAUUGACAUUGGAUUUUACGGUGAACGUCUCAAAAAUCCUUUUUUUCUUUUAAUCAUGAUGAAUUCGACCAAAGCUUGUAAUGUUUUUGCUUCUCGCCUAUUUGGAUACAACACAGGAAAAGUUCUUCAUAUCAAAAAUAACAAAGUUGGUUUUCUAAAUCGCGCAAUUCAACUGGCUAUCAUUGGAUAUGUUUUAUUUUAUGUUAUCAUAUACAAGAAAGGCUAUCAAUCUGUGGAUGUUGGACUCAGUUCAGUCGUAACAAAAGUCAAAGGAACAGCUUUCACCAAUUUGUCCAUUCAGUUUCCCAUCAAGAUUGGCAACGAGAGUAAGCCAAAUAUCCUGUUUGACGGUCCAAGAAAUUGGGAUUCUUCAGACUAUGUAAUACCUCAUCAAGAAAAUGACGUCGUUUUUAUAAUGACCAACAUGAUAAUCACUCCUAGACAACAACAAGGCACGUGUCCCGAGCUUGAUGAGUACGAGGAUGCCAAAUGUCAGAAUGACACACAUUGUGUUGCUAACAAGCCUAUUGAUAAUGGACACGGUGUUAUGACUGGCAGGUGUGUAAAACCUGACAGACCUCCUUUUGUAAACGACGCAGAAAAACCGAAUGUUUGUGAAAUUUAUGCAUGGUGUCCUGUGGAAUAUGAUCAACUACCCAUGCCUGGAACAAACUUUGGACAUCGUUUAAACAGCUCCGAAUACUUGUUGAAAGAGGCCAUUGACUUCACAAUUCUUGUCAAAAACAGCGUUCUAUUUCCUGCUUUUGGUGUUCGUGUACGAAACAUUAAUGAUCAUGAGAAUGAGACAUAUUUAAGGCAGUGCACUUAUGGCAAAAUUGGAACGAAUGGGAUUAAGGAUCGAUUGUGUCCUAUAUUCAAAUUGCAAAACAUCUUUGACGAGAUUCAUGACACAACUUUUUCCGAUGCUGCAAUAAAGGGUGGUGUUGUCGGGAUCAAUAUCAAGUGGGAUUGUGAUUUUGACUUCGGUGUGAGGAAUUGUCAACCUUAUUAUUCGUUUUUAGGUAUAAAGGAUCCGAUUGACGAUCCUAACGUACAGAUUGCUAAAGGUUAUAACUUCAGAUUUGCAAGAUUUGAUGUGGAAAAUAAUACACAAUACAGAACGUUGAUAAAAGCCUACGGCAUUCGAUUUGUUAUAUUGGUCGAUGCGAAGGCCCGCAAGUUUGACAUCGUUCCGCUUUUACGAAAUCUUGGUGCAGGAUUGGCCUUGUUGAGCUUAGCUACCAUAAUUUGCGACUUUUGUGUUGUAAACUUAUCAAAGAAAAAACGUUUCUAUCGAGAAAAAAUAUAUGAAUACGUUGAUGGUUCUGAACCAAACACAAAUGAAAUGAGAGUUGACUCUCAUAAUGAUCCUUUUCUUUAUCGAGCUCUAUCCACAGUGCUGUGUUGAUGGAUAUAUGUCAGAUAAGUACAGAACAGAACAUAUUAUUGCAAUUCACAAUAUAAUAUCUCCUUAACCUUAUGGAAAAUAGCUAGUUGUCCUUGAGAUAUAUUUUUGACCAUUUCAA